GAGAGGACAAAGGUGACAAGAGCGGUAAGCAACAGCAAGAGGAAACCGUAUCAGACAGGCGGUGUGUAGGUUGUACGUCACUAUACGUCAAAAUGGCUGAGCUUAUCGCGAUACCUCUGAAGAAACCUUCCGAUGUGGAUAUAACAAAACCGCUUACUAAUGUCAUCAAAUCGACAUACAACAGCCCGGGAAGUCAGAAAGACUAUACGGAAGCUAUCUCGGAAUUCAGUAAGCUGAGAAAUAACGCACUGUGGCGAGCAUUCGAGAAAUACGAAAGUUCCUUGCAGGUUAUCUACAGCUAUUACGAUCAAUUGUGCGCUUUGGAAGGAAAAAUCCCCGCUCAUGAAUUGCAAAUACCAUUCAAGUGGAAAGAUGCCUUUGAUCGUACAAUUUUUGGAGGAAAACUUAGCUUAACAAUCAGUACAUUAGCUUAUGAGAAAGUAUGUGUGCUCUUCAAUAUCGCCGCUUUACAAAGCUCAGUGGCUGCUACACAAUCGUUAGACAGCGACGAAGGGUUAAAGCUGGCAGCUAAAUUAUUUCAGCAAUCAGCUGGAAUAUUUAAUUAUUUGAAAGGAAAUGUUAUGAUGGCGAUUCAACAAGAACCAACACCUGAUAUUAGCCCAGAAACGCUUGGAGCAUUGAGCGCAUUAAUGCUUGCACAAGCACAAGAAAUAUUUGUGCACAAAGCGAUCCACGAUUCUAUGAAAGAUGGAAUUGUUGCUAGAUUAGCAGCGCAAGCAGAGGAAUUGUAUGCGGAUGCUUUGAAACUAUUUCAGAAAGAAAUCUUCCGCGCAUUUUGGGAUAAAGAAUGGGUGCCUUUGAUAGCAGGUAAACAAGCUGGUUAUCGUGCCAUGGCGGAAUAUUAUCAAUCGCUUGUGUGUAAGAACAAUAAAUCGAUCGGAGAAGAAAUUGCCAGACUAGAGCAUGCCGUUGAAUUGUUCAAAGCCGCACAGCAGAGAUCGAAUAAGCCGAGCUUAUUCCAAGAUUACUCCAACAAGGCGCAGAGAAAUCUAACGGAGGUGAAAAAGGAUAAUGAUUUUAUAUAUCACGAAAGGAUUCCAGACAUGAAGAAUGUAGCAGCUAUAGGAAAAGCUAAUGUAGCUAAAUUACUCCCGCUUCCUGAAACGUUCAGUUCUGAUUUUAAAGAUUUGUUUGUCGAACUGUUGCCUGUCACUAUACACCAUGCAUUGUCGUCCUACGAGAAUCGUCGUAAUGAACUUGUCAAUUACGAAGUCUCCAAUCUUCGUGAAAUGACGCAACUUUUAAACAGCGUUUUGGCAAGCUUGAAUCUACCUGCAGCUAUCGAAGAUACAAGUGGAACAGAAAUACCUCAGUCGCUAUUGGAUAAAGCUCUUUACGUGCGAGAUGCAGGUGGAAUAAGUGCUUUGGAAACAUCCAUGAUAGAACUGCCAGAUUUAUUGCAACGUAAUAAAGAGCUUUUGGACGAGUCUGAGAGAAUGCUGCAAGAAGAGCGUGAUUCUGAUAACCAGCUAAGAGAGCAAUUCAAAGAACGCUGGAAGCGGACACCUAGUGCUCGAUUGACAGAACAAUUUACCAGCAAUUUACAAAAAUAUCGUGAAAUUAUUAACAACGCAGUUUCUGCAGAUAAGGUGGUUCGUGAAAAAUACGAAAACCAUAAAGAAGGAAUGGAAAUCUUAAGUUUGGAUGAAGAUGAACUCGCUAGAGCUGUUCCGAAAGGUUCGGCUGUUCAAGAAAGUAGCGUCGUUAGGCAGCUCAGAAAAUUAAUGGAUGAUGUAGAAGCAUUGAAAGCUGAACGAGAUGUUAUCGAGAGUGAAUUCAAAUCCGCCACCAAUGACAUGAAAGCGACAUUUCUCUCGGCACUUGCCAAAGAUGGUGCGGUCGAUGAACCAAAUUUAUCUGUCGAGAGCUUGGGAAAGUGUUACGGGCCCUUGCAGAAACAAGUGCGAGAAAGUAUAGCGCGUCAAGAAAAAUUAGUUGCUGAAAUACAGAACUGCCACACGGAAUUUACAAACGAACAGGCUGGUACUGGCAGUGCGCGCGAAACGAUACUCUGCAAACUAGCCUCCGCUUACGACGCAUUUAAAGAGCUGAAAAAUAACUUAACAGAAGGGGCUAAGUUUUACAACGAUUUAACGCAGUUACUGGUGGUCUUCCAAAACAAGAUAUCCGACUUCUGCUUCGCUCGUAAAACUGAAAAGGAAGAAUUAUUGAAAGAUCUAACAACGAACCUGAGUCACAGCGGUCCCGCUGCAACGCCGAACAUUCCGUCACAUCACAGCAGCGGACCAUCCGGUACAAACCAGCCGGCGGAAGCCGCCGCGACAUCGCCGCCGCUGCCCUAUCCCAUGCAACAUCAAGGUAACAUGCCUAUGCCUUAUGCUACUGCGCCAGGAACACCGUAUCCAGCGUAUGUUCCUCCACCGAUGCCGGCGACGUAUAAUCCGUAUGCUACGAUGCCGUAUCCUCCGCAAGGUGGAUACAAUCCGUACCAGCCUAUGCCUCAAGUUCCGUAUGGAGGCUACGCGACAUUACCACGUUACGGCGGCGCUCAACCACCGCACGGUCAACACCCAUGGUGAACGAUACCAGGCGAAACAGCUACAGCGCGCGUGUGACUUUGCGCCGGAUCUGCAGAUCGCAUGUUAAUUGAAAUAAUAUUUUAUACACAAAUUUUAAAAGCCUGCAAUUAUUCAAUAUUCAGAAAUGUUGUGUAUAAUCCGAGAAAAUUCACGUUUACUAAUCGUUAAUAUGUAUCACCGCAAUGUGAAAUCUAGUAGAUUGAUCGUUGGUAUUUGUUAAGCUUUAAUCCGCUUUGCGUAGGGAGCUUAUUAUCAAUUUAUAAAUAUAUUUUGUAAAAUAAGCCGA